AUGACUCUGAACACGCAGCAAGGGGGCAAGGGCCCUGUGCGCAGACGGGCCAGCACCCCGGUCCCCCUCUCCCACCAGGCCAGGCCAGGGAUGCGUGAGCUGAGGCCUAACCCCAGUGAGUCCCAUCACCCUCCGCUUGGCUACUCCUCAUCCUUCGAGCCUGGAGACAAAGCUCCCGUCAUGCCGCGCAGCAGCUGGUCAUCGGACUCGGCCGACUCCGACAGCUCCUGGGAAUCCUUGUAUCGGGUGGUGCUGCUGGGUGACCCUGGUGUGGGCAAGACCAGCUUGGUGAACCUCUUUGCCGGGAUCCAAGAGCGGGACCUGCCGGAACAGCCAGGAGAGGACGCCUACGAACGCACCCUGUCGGUGGAUGGGGAGGAGACCACGCUGCUGGUGAUGGACACCUGGGAAACAGAGAGGCGGGAGGAGAACCGGUUCCGCAAUCACUGCAUGCAGGUGGGGAAUGCCUAUGUCAUUGUCUACUCCGUCACCGACAGGGUGAGUUUCGAGAGCGCCUCUGAGCUGAGAAUCCAGCUGCGCCGGACCCGGCAAGCAGAGAACAUCCCCAUCAUCCUGGUGGGGAACAAGACGGACCUGGUGCGGUGCCGAGAGGUCUCGGUGGAAGAGGGCCGGGCCUGCGCCGUGGUCUUCGAUUGCAAGUUCAUCGAGACGUCUGCCACCCUCCAGCACAACGUGACGGAGCUCUUUGAGGGGGUGGUGCGCCAGAUCCGCCUGCGCCGGGACAGCAAGGAGGCCAACGAGAGGCGCAAGUCCAUCUACAAGCGCAAAGAGAGCCUCACCAAGAAGGCCCGGCGCUUCCUGGACAGACUGGUCGCCAGGAACAACAAGAAGGUGGCUCUGAAAGUUCGCUCCAAGUCUUGCCAUGACCUGUCCGUGCUCUGA